CGGCCCCGGAGCAGGUGAGGGUGGAUGGGGCUGGUGGGCGGGGAGUGCACGAGGUGGUCUUGCGGACCGCUCCUAUCUCCGGAGGAGCACUGUCCUGUAGUACGGGGGCCAGGCGCCGCCACCUGCUCAGAGGGGUCUUUCCACCCAGACCGCCGGGACCCCAUUUCCAAGAGAACGGACUGGAUGUCUCCAGUGCAGGAACUCUUCCAUGAGGCAGCCCAGCAGGGGGCGCUGGCCCAGCGCCAGCCCUGGUGGAAGAGUCAGCUGUUCCUACGGGAGCCAGUGCUGUUUGGGACCUGGGAUGGUGUGUUCACGUCGUGCAUGAUCAACAUUUUUGGGGUUGUCCUUUUCCUGAGGACUGGCUGGCUGGUGGGAAACACAGGAGUUCUCAUGGGCAUGUUUCUGGUGUCCUUUGUCGUCCUGGUGGCCCUCAUCACUGUGCUGUCUGGCAUCGGUGUCGGGGACCAUUGUGGUGUUGGCAGCGGGGGUGUCUACUCGAUGAUCUCCUCGGUCCUCGGCGGGCAGACCGGAGGCACGAUUGGGCUGCUGUAUGUGUUCGGACAGUGUGUCGCAGGUGCCAUGUACAUCACCGGCUUCGCUGAGUCCGUCUCCGAUUUGCUGAGCUUCAGAAGCAUCUGGGCCGUGCGAGGAAUGUCAGUGGUGGUGCUUCUGGCCUUGCUGGGGAUUAACCUAGCAGGUGUCAAGUGGAUAAUCCGCCUCCAGCUGCUGCUGCUGUUCCUGCUGGCUGUGUCCACACUGGACUUCGUGGUGGGCUCUUUCACGCAUCUGGACCCAGAGCACGGCUUCGUUGGCUAUUCACCGGAACUGCUAUGGAACAACACUCUGCCGGAUUACAGCCCCGGGGAAUCUUUCUUCACUGUCUUUGGGGUAUUCUUCCCAGCGGCUACAGGAGUCAUGGCCGGUUUCAACAUGGGGGGUGACCUCCGGGAUCCCGCUGCCAGCAUCCCCCUGGGCUCCCUAGCAGCUGUUGGCAUCUCGUGGUUUCUGUACCUCGUGUUCGUCUUCCUGCUGGGUGCUGCCUGUACCCGAGAGGCCCUUCGCUAUGACUUCCUGAUAGCGGAAAAGGUGUCCCUGGUGGGCUUCCUGUUCCUUUUGGGCUUAUACAUCUCAUCCCUGGCCUCCUGUAUGGGAGGACUCUACGGAGCUCCCCGGAUCCUGCAGUGCAUUGCCCAGGACAAAGUGAUUCCUGCGCUGGCCUGUUUGGGGCAAGGGAAAGGGCCAAAUAAAACACCUGUAGCCGCCAUCUUCCUGACAAGCUUAGUGACCAUGGCCUUUGUCCUUGUGGGCCAGGUGAAUGUGCUAGCCCCCAUCGUCACCAUCAAUUUCAUGCUGACAUAUAUAGCAGUGGACUACUCCUACUUCUCCCUGUCCAUGGUUCCCUGCAGCCUUCCCCAGGUGCCUGAGUCAGUGCACAGGGAGGGCACAGGACCUCUCCACUGCUCUGAGCACCUGCUCUUGGAGAAGGCUCCCAGCUAUGGCUCUGAGGACACGGCCCGAAGCCUCCCUGAGGGCACUCUGCUAGAAUUCACCAAAGACAUGGAUCAGCUCCUCCAGCUAACCAGGAAGCUUGAGAACAGCCAGCCGAGGCAAGGAGACAGUGACGGGCUUCCAGAAAGUAAGAAGGGGAAAUGCAAGAAGGCCACCAAGCAAACCCUACAAGAUAGUUUCCUUUUGGACCUCAAGUCCCCAGCUUCCUUUGCUGCUGAGGGCUCUGACAGAUUGCCUACUGCCUCCUGGGAGGGACAGGAGGCCUACUGGAGCAAGCAGAGUACCAGGAGUGAAGAGGUCCUGCCUGGAGGAACAUGUGCUGAACAACGUGUCCCUGAGCCGAGCAAGCAGCCUGUCCCUACUGGAGAAGAUUUCUUCCUAAAGUCUACACUCCAAGAACAAGAUAUCCAGAGACCAACUUCUUUCUACACCCACAUGUGCAACCCCUGGGUCUCCCUGUUAGGGGCUUUUGGGUCUCUUCUUAUCAUGUUUGUGAUCCAGUGGGUCUACACCCUCAUUAACAUGGGUGUUGUUGCCAUUGUGUAUUUCUACAUUGGUCGGGCCAGUCCAGGGCUUCACCUUGGAUCAGCCUCCAGCUUCAGCUUCUUCAGGUGGAUGAAGUCCCUUCUGAUCCCCUCCUGCAGGAGCUUGAGGUCUCCCCAAGAGCAGAUAAUUUUGGCGCCGUCCCUGGCUAGGGUUGACAUGGAGAUGACUCAGCUCACCCAGGAGAACGCAGACUUCGCCACUCGGGAUCGCUACCAUCACUCCUCCCCCGUGAGUCGGGAGCAGCUGAUGGCUCAGUACUGACCUACCGAGCGCUCCUUAGCAGGCAGCCCGAGGACGCUGCUCUCUUGAAGCUGUCCAGGGCACAAUGGAUCCAAACCCCAGAACCUUCAUGAUGCUGGUUCUCCUCAGUAAGAACUGAGAGACCUGUUUUCCCCCUGCUGGUUUGGACAAUGGAAAUCUGCACUCUGGUCUGGAGCACCCGUCUCGCCAGGGUCACCACCGGAAUGGCUCCAGCCUCCACAACACGCGCCCAGUCUGGGGAGCUCCACACGGACAGCGAGACCUGCAGGUGUGGAGAAUCAGACCAGGUUGCUUGUUCUGAAGGCCGCAAUAAAUGGUUAUUUUAAAUUUUAUUGUAUUAUUUAUUUUUUGAAUAAAUAAUACACUCACAUGGUUCUAAACCCCAGAGGAUAAUCAUAUAUAUAUAUUGUGAAAAUUCCCCCUCCCAUCCUUGUUCCCCAUACAUUCAUUCCCUGCCCCAGAGGUAACCACU